CCUCCACUACCACUGCCUGUAAACCAGCAUUCUAGUUUCACGCCACAUGUAAGUCUUAACUCGGCAAAGGGUCUCGUGAAUCUCUGCAUCUGUCCUGCUGAGCGCCCAGCGCACUCAACCAGACUCCUACCCUCGGCUCCACAUUGCAGGCAGUGCGAGCACCUGGUUCCCCGCUGGAGCCUUUGUCCGUAGGAUUGAUGAGGAUCCAUACCUGUCUCCUGCUUGUCUCCGGUCUCUCUGCUGAAGGGGUAUGAAUUACCUCACAGGGGAGUGAUUCGUUCACGGAGACCCUGUCUCUAGUAGCCUUGUGCUAGGACAAAUCCUGAUCUCCCGGAGUCCCCCCUCCCCUCCGACCUCUGUCCCUUCCCUUAUGACUGUUUUACCAAGGGGCCAGCCAAACAUCUGCUUAGCACAGAUCCUGGGGGCAGGAUUCUGUUGUGUACUGAAGUCUUGAGGCACCCAGAAGUCUCCAGAAGGCCGAAAGAGCCCUUUGCAGUCACUUUCAAGAAGGUCCAGCACAAAAGGACGUUGUUGAAACUGGAUCAGUGUCCAUUUUUUCCACACUCUUCUGAUCUUGUAGCAAGCAGCUGGUCCACCUGAGGAAGAGCGCGGGCCCUUGUCUGAGCUCGGGCUGCCAGCACAGAACACCACACACCGGGCAGCUCUGACGACAGGUGCUUCUUUCUCCCGCUUCUGGAGGCUGGAAGUCCGAGGUCAAGGCGCCAACGAGCCCGCUGACACCUGACGCACACCCCGAGGUGGAGGAAGCCAGCUGCCAGCAACACGUACCAUGGCAGCCAGCACGAAGAGCAGCAAGUCUGCACCAAACCAUGUGAUCUUCAAGAAGAUCUCCCGGGACAAGUCGGUGACCAUCUAUCUGGGGAAGAGAGACUAUAUAGACCAUGUUGAACAAGUAGAGCCUGUGGAUGGUGUCGUGUUGGUGGAUCCUGAACUUGUGAAGGGAAAGAAAGUGUACGUGUCCCUGACCUGCGCCUUCCGCUACGGCCAGGAGGACAUUGACGUGAUUGGCCUGCGCUUCCGCCGGGAUCUGUACUUCACUCAGGCCCAGGUGUUCCCACCUGUGGAGGCCGCUGGGGCCCCCACGAAACUGCAGGAGAGCCUGAUGAAGAAGCUGGGGGGCAACACGUACCCCUUCCUGCUCACGUUUCCUGAUUACUUACCCUGUUCAGUGAUGCUGCAGCCAGCUCCGCAAGACAUGGGGAAGUGCUGUGGGGUCGACUUUGAGGUCAAAGCAUUUGCCAGGGACAGCGCAGAAGACGAAGGGGACAAAGUGCCCAAGAAGAGCUCCGUGCGUUUACUGAUCCGGAAAGUACAGCAUGCGCCAGCGAAGAUGGGUCCCCAGCCCCGAGCUGAGGCUGCCUGGCAGUUCUUCAUGUCCGACAAGCCCUUGCACCUGGCUGUCUCCCUCAGCAAAGAGAUCUAUUUCCAUGGGGAGCCCAUUUCGGUGACCAUUACCGUGACCAAUAACACAGAGAAGACAGUGAAGAAGAUUAAAGCAUUAGUGGAACAGGUGGCCAACGUGGUUCUCUACUCGAGUGAUUAUUACACCAAGCCGGUGGCCCAGGAGGAAACACAAGAAAAAGUGCCACCAAACAGCACUCUGACCACGACGCUGACCCUGGUGCCCUUGUUGGCCAACAACCGUGAAAGAAGGGGCAUCGCCCUGGAUGGGAAGAUCAAGCACGAGGACACGAACCUCGCCUCCAGCACCAUAAUAAAGGAGGGCAUAGACCGGACUGUCCUGGGCAUCCUGGUGUCUUACCAUAUCAAGGUGAAGCUCACGGUGUCAGGCUUUCUGGGAGAGCUCACCUCCAGUGAAGUGGCCACUGAGGUGCCUUUCCGCCUCAUGCACCCCCAGCCCGAGGACCCAGCUACAGCAAAGGAAAGUUUUCAGGAUGAAAAUUUGGUUUUCGAGGAGUUUGCUCGCCAAAAUCUGAAAGACUCGGGAGACACUGAGGACGGGAAGAAAGACCGGGAGGCCGGGGAUGAGUGAAGAAGGCGCUGGGAAGCGGGGUAGUUCACAGCACGAUGAGCCGCGCUCCACAGUUAGCCCUUUAGUUACGCUAAAUACCAAAGUGUGAGUCUUCCUCACAGAAAUAAAGUUCGUUGUGCUGCGAU